AAAAGCAAAAAGAAAAUUCACCCGGCUGCUGUUCUGAAGUGAAGGCCCAAGAUCCAGAUCGCCAUCCACUGCCAUUUUGCCAACACAGUAGCUCUCGCUCCGGGAGCCAAAGGUCUCGACUUUCGUCCAAAAGAUCUCGCCUUUCCUCUCCGAUUUCCCGUGGGAUCUUCUCUUUGGGCUUUCGGAUGAAAAGAUGGGUGCACCGAUAGCUGGGUUCUCCGUGAUCCCCAUCAUCAGAGUGAUUGGAGUCACCGUGACGGCUCUGGUGCUCAUUUGGGCGGUGCGCUACCGAGGUGGCCUGGCUCUCGUCUCCGACCGGAAGGAUCUUAUCUUCAAUGUCCACCCUGUUCUAAUGGUGAUUGGGCUCAUACUUCUCAAUGGUGAAGCCAUCCUAGCAUACAAGACAUUCCCUGGGACGAAGAGCUUCAAAAAACUAGUUCAUCUCACUCUCCAAUUUUUGGCCUUAUGUCUAAGCAUUGUCGGACUCUGGGCUGCAUGGAAAUUCCAUGUCGACAAGGGUAUUGACAAUUUCUACAGCCUGCAUUCUUGGUUGGGUCUGGCUUGCCUUUCCCUCUUUAGCAUUCAGUGGGCUACUGGUUUUGCAACCUUCUGGUACCCAGGAGGCUCGAGGAAUAGCAGAACUACGUUACUCCCAUGGCACGUCUUCUUCGGGGUUUAUAUUUAUGCCCUUGCGGUUGCUACUUGUGCCACCGGUUUUCUGGAGAAAGCCACGUUCCUCCAAACGAAUCACAUCAUAUCACACUAUUCAUCGGAGGCCUUGCUAGUUAACUCGUUGGGUAUAUUGGUGGUUGUAUUGGGUGGUUUAGUGACCCUUGCUGUCGUGUCCCCUGCCAAUUCCAAGGUUGAUUCUGCUGAGGUUCAGUUGAGUAUGCACAAUCUUUAGAAGUUCUGGUUUGCAGUUGUCUGUUAUUCGUAGGCUGUACCGUUGAAUCUACACAGGAAAUUGAUGGAAUAUCACAGCAUCCUAGAAAUUUUUCUCAGCAUUUUGUUUUAUUAUGCAGAUAUAACAUUGUGAUAGCACUGAAUGGUUGAGUUACUUUUCUCUCUUAAAUUGUUGACAAGUUUAUAUUGCCGAUGCUC